CCAGGUAGGGCCAAAAGAGAAAAAUACAGACGUAUAUAUAUGGAUGAGAGUUGGGCUGGUUGGAGGCAUUCUCCACCAGCCGCCAGUCCUGGAGAGCUAUUCCUCGAGGUAGCACUGUUUUUUGCCGCCUUAUAUCUCUAUAACAUUUAUCAGUUCACUGUACGGAUAUUCUAGUCCUGUUAGGCACAUAUCGCCAGGCGCCAUGUCAGCAUUACCACGCCGUAACGCCGUCAUUGCCUAGGAUUUUCGUUCUCUCCAGGCCGCCGCAAUGUGGCCUGGAGUACUACCGUUGGUAGUUGUACUGAUAACUCUCCUACAUCUUCCGAGAUGUUCGCUGGGAAAAGUCGACUAUCGGUCGAAGGAGAAGGAAGUGCUGGAUGAGAUACUCGGAGAAAAAAAAUACGAUGCUCGUAUUCGACCCAGCGGCGAAAAUGGAACAGAUGGCCCGACAACUGUCGAAGUCAACAUGUAUCUUCGCUCAAUCAGCAAAAUAGAUGAUAAUAAAAUGGAAUAUUCGGUUCAACUGACAUUUCGAGAACAAUGGCUUGAUGAGCGACUCCGAUUCAAUGAUUUCGGAGGACGUUUAAAGUAUUUGACACUCACCGAAUCAACACGUGUGUGGAUGCCAGAUCUUUUCUUCUCGAACGAAAAAGAAGGCCAUUUUCACAACAUUAUCAUGCCAAAUGUAUACAUACGAAUAUUUCCAAAUGGUUCAGUACUAUAUAGCAUUAGAAUAUCACUGACGUUGGCGUGUCCGAUGAAUCUGAAAUUAUAUCCUUUGGAUCGACAAAUCUGUUCGUUACGCAUGGCCAGUUACGGUUGGACGACAGAUGACUUGGUAUUCCUAUGGAAAGAGGGCGACCCGGUUCAAGUAGUCAAGAACUUACACCUUCCACGCUUUACACUGGAAAAAUUUUGGACCGAUUAUUGCAACAGCAAAACGAAUACUGGCGAAUACAGCUGUUUGAAAGUGGAUUUACAUUUUAAGAGGGAAUUCAGUUACUAUCUCAUUCAAAUUUACAUUCCUUGCUGUAUGCUUGUGAUUGUGUCAUGGGUAUCCUUUUGGCUGGAUCAGAGUGCGGUGCCCGCACGAGUGUCACUCGGAGUGACAACUCUACUCACAAUGGCAACACAAACAUCUGGAAUAAAUGCUUCACUGCCACCGGUAUCUUAUACAAAAGCAAUCGAUGUCUGGACUGGUGUGUGUUUGACAUUUGUAUUUGGUGCGCUACUUGAAUUUGCCCUGGUCAAUUAUGCCUCACGUAGCGAUAUGCAUAGGGAGAAUAUGAAGAAGAAAUAUCGUGAAAUUGAACAUUCAGCAUCCGUCGAUCCAGCAACAGAGCUUCUAGAACCGGAUGGCUCGACAAAUUUUCAGAUGGUCGUGGCUCUCCAAGUUCCCGACGAGAUCCAAGCGCAUCGAUGUAAUAUCACGGAUCACCUUUCCUCUCGUAUUCGCACUGUUCAACCUCGCGUACUGGUCCACGUACCUGUUUCGGGAGGAAGUAGACGACGAGUGAAUAGCGAAGAUGAGGAAGAGGAUGAGCAUCUUGGAUCUAGGAACGAUGUGGCUCGCGGCCAUUUUUAUCAUCCACACACACGCCAUCGGAUGCGCAAUCAUCAUUCACAUCAUGGUAAUCGUCAUCAGCAUUCUCACCAUCAACAUUCGCCUCAUCAGCACAACAAUUCCUACAAUCGUUCACGACACCGUCAGCAACAAUCACCAACAAUCUCAACACAUACGGCAGAUGGUGAUGUUCAACAUUCAUCACCGGGUCGCCUAUCUUCUAGAUUACCAUCACGUGAUUCAGCAUCACCUGUAUCUUCGCGAGUGGUAACACCAUCACCAUCACCACCAUUAUUACAUCGCACAGCUGAUAAAUCGAAGAGUAAAUUCUCGCGUUUACCGCUCAGUCAAACGGAAAAAUGCUGCUUUGGUCUUAUACCAUUGCGUUACUUCACCUGUCACGCUAAAGGAAGUGCGAGAAUUGAUGUUUUAGCACGUUUUGCUUUUCCAUUUAUGUUUGUUGUAUUUAAUUUUGCUUACUGGUCUAUGUAUCUCUUUCAUGGUGAAGAAGAAACUAAGAUGAGCUGAGGAACAAGGGUACAUCAUUAUAGGAACAAUAAAAAUCUUAACGCUGAUUGAUAGAACAUUCGUAUUGAACCACAUUUUUAUUUCCACCAAUCGAUACAACAUCAAAAACAUUUUUUAACUCAAACAAAUUAAUAAACAAAUGAAAAAAUAUAUAUCCAUCGUUGACGCGCUCGCUGCUAUCAAUCGUUUAUACCACGAUUGAACAUGUCGAGAUGAUACGAUUCAAUGCUCAAACAUAUUAGGAAAGCAAAACAACAUGAAAACAAAGUGAAGUAUUUCAAAAAAAACACACACACACUAAUUCCGGGAACAUUUCUCUGUAAGCACAAAACGAAUUUGGGCGAGAAAAAAUCAUGAAUCAUUUGUAUGAAUGCGAAAUUCGUAGAAUUAUUAAAUUUAUUGAGUGACCGCGUGCCACAAAGUGACAUUAAUGUAGGGGGCCUUGUAAAGCCACGGCCUUUCAAAGUGAACUAAGCAAAUUAUGGACAAGACAAAACAAACAUUAUGCAUAUACAUUUAUAAUUAUUAUAACUAUGUAUUGAGAGGUAACUUGUUAUAACAGUCGGUGACUUCUUUUCAUAUAAAACUGAAGAAAAAAAAAACGGAAAAAUAUAACAUAUGGAAAAUGAAUUAAAUGCUCUAAUCUCAUGAGAUUUCGUUGUACUCGACCGAGAGAAAAGAGAGAAAUAAAAAAUAACUCAGUUAACUUAUUUGAAACGAGCUUUAUGUGAGUAAGCGAUAUUCCUCUGAAUGGAUUUUUUUUUCACAUGAGGAUAUCACAAGAUUUUAAGAAAAAGUGUAAUACGGAUAAUGUAUAAACUCGUCAUUGAGUGAUUGAAGUUUUUUAUUCACCGAAAUGAAACACAGACUGGGGUUAAUCUGGAAAUAGUUGAAAUUGUAACGGAACAAUUCAUAAAUGAUCCAAGCAAUCUGAAAAGUAGUUGCUACUUCGAUCUCUCAUGAUAUUCAGGAUCACAUUGAUUAAUCCCAUUGGAACAAAUUGCAAUGAUGACGGUUGAGAAAAUAUAUCAACUUGGACAAAGUUAGAGCGGGUAUAAAAACAGGUGAGUUACAAAUCGGGUAUUCUCCAUUAUAAUUAAUGGUCAACCAGUGAAUUCAGUAUCAAUUGCACUCGUAGUGGGUUAAUAGCGAGAUAAAUGCAAGUCAUGAAGUUAGUCCAAAUGCAUCAAAAUAGUUGGAAAAGAUACAGAACCGAAGAAAGCGGCUGUCUCUAAAACAGUUGAUGUGAAGUAAAAUUAAGAGUGAUAAUAUUAUUAAUAUUUACGUUAAACACUGAAUUUUCGUGAUUUUUCGUCACUUUACUCCGUCGACUCUGGGUCAUCUUAUUGGUUUGUUUGCAGAAAAAGAGUGAGAAGCUAGGAACUUCAAGAUUGUGUGAUACCAUGUCACUAAGUAUUUCAAUACUUCCAUCAAACCUACCAUCUCAGCGCUAGUGAAAAUAAUUAUCAGUUAUUUUACCGUAAUAUUUGAUAUUGGCUGCCUUGAGCCAUUAUGGUAUGAUUUUAGAAGUUUCUAAAUUUUUAACAAAAAAAAAACCGGAAGAAUGGGCAAAAAAUGUCCCAAUAAGAACAUAAAUCCAAGGAUGAAUGAAAUAAACAACAAAAAAUUGAAUGAAUAUUUUCAAAUGAAUUAAGUGUGGAUGGUAUCCAUAAUAAACGAUGGAAAGUAACUGUUAUAGAUAUGCUUGACGAGUUUUAAAUCAUGGUAAUUUUGCGUUAAUUGAAGAAAAUGAAGAACUGAAGAAACACAGAGUGGAACGUGAGAUUAUAAAUUUCAUUCUUAUUAUGAAAAAAAAAUGAGGACGUAAAAAAUAAAAACUGCACACUAAUGAAAUUGAAAAUGAAUAAAGAAAUGAAACUAGAAAGUAUUGACAAGCAAUACGAAGUUCUAGAAUUAACUACUGUUAGUGUCGAUAGUCACACUCAGUACAUGUAUCGAUAUAGAAGAAGGAAAGAAAAAAACAAAUUCAUGCAUUAAUAUUCAUCUGAAAUUCAUCAUCAUUCCAUUGUAAAUAAUUAUCAACUUUCAAAAAAAAUCCUGAAAAAUACAUACGGAACAUUAAAGACAACUAUACCAUAUGGCAUAUCUGACAGGCUGGUCAAGAGAAAUAAACAAUAAGCCAAGGUGUGGUAAAAUUGUUCAUGUGUUUUAUCACAGUUGAAAGUGAUUGCUGUGUUCAGAGAAAGAGUGAAUUUUAUAAAUAGAAGAUUAAUCAAAUGCAAAAAUUCAAAACAUCUCAUGCAAUUGUGGCAAGUAGUUCAAUGUACUUGUAAAAGAUAUUUCAUCUGACUGAAAAGUCAGAAAAAUAUGCCAGCAUGCAUAAUUUCAGCAAUGCAUCCUUAAUUUCAACUAAAUGCACCUGAAAAAGACUGCAUGCUGCCAUGUACUUCAGGUGCAUAAUAAAUACUGGCAGAAAUAUUUGUAAAAAAAAAUUGGAAUGGCCAAGAAAAAAUCCAAGGUAAAACAUACCCGAAUCGGUAACAUUAAAAGGCUUCCAUGCAUACACGAAGAUAAAUAUUCAAUAAAAAUGACGUAUUCUUUCCGUUAUUCCAGAGCUAAAUGUGGUUAAGGAAAGUUUCACGGAAUUGUCACGAAAUUUUAUCCGACUGUUCCGUAAUUCUUGUCUCAACUCCUGUGAAAAAUUUUUUUUGCAGAAUGUCUUAAGUACGCAAUGGAAAGUGGUGAAUAAAAGACAAAAAAAAAA